AUGGUCGCCGAUACCGUAUUAUCUGAGUCAGUCAUUGGGCUGAUAUUACUACCCAUCGCGGGCAACGUGGCCGAACAUGUUACAGCAUUAAGUGUUGCAACGAAAAACAAAAUGGAUCUCGCCAUAGGCGUGUCGGUCGGCUCCUCCAUUCAAAUAACACUCUUUGUGACGCCUCUCGUUGUCAUUAUCGGCUGGAUCUUAGGCAAAGAUAUGACGCUGUAUUUUAGCAUUUUUGAGACUAUCGCCAUGGUCGCUUCGGCGUUUUUAGUCGUUGUGUUGAUCUUGAAUGGACGGACCAACUACUUUGAGGGAAGUCUGCUCUGUGCAUGCUAUGUUAUGGUUGGAGCUGGAGCAUGCCUGUUGCCUGACUCGAGUGCUUAG